GACCGCCUUACAAAUUCCUUUCAAUCCUUUUCGAGCUUCCCCAGUCUUUCCUCCUUCUCUCUUUCACCGUCUGCCUUUCAUUCAUUCAUAUACGUUUCACACACACACACAACUCCAGAACCCUCUUCUCCAUUAAUUCCUCCAUUUUUUUCAAAGGGUAAAGAUUGAAGAUUGUAAGUUCAAUUCGAACAAAGACAUGGUGAGUCCAAUCGGUAAAAUGGAGCAUCAGGAACUCGGUCCGCCAUGGUUGAUACCAAUGCUAAGAGCUGAUUACUUUACCACUUGUCGUUUCCAUGGAGAUGCUAAUAAAAGUGAAUGCAACAUGUAUUGCUUGGACUGCUGUGGUAACUCUCUCUGUUCCUACUGUUUGACCCAUCACAAAGAUCAUCGUGUUGUUCAGAUACGAAGAUCUUCCUACCAUAACGUGGUUAGGGUGAACGAGAUUCAAAGAUUUCUGGACAUUUCGUGUGUACAAACGUACAUUAUCAACAGCGCGAAGAUAGUGUUCUUGAACGAACGACCUCAGCCUAGGCCUGGUAAAGGUGUCACCAAUCACUGUGAGAUUUGUGGUCGGAGUCUCGUUGAUGCUUUCCGUUUUUGUUCCCUUGGUUGCAAGCUUGGUGGGAUGAAGAGAGGUGAUCGGGAGUUGAGCUUCACUCAAAAGAUGAAACAUGGCCGGGAGUUUUAUGAACCAGAAGAACCGGUGACACCUAAAAAGGUCCGAAGGUCACAUUUAUUCAACCAGCUUAUCGACACCAAUAUGUUUCAGUUCAAUCUUUAUGGGCGUAAUGGGUCUGAUAUGUCGUGUUCCUCCACCUCCGGUGAUGAAACCCCCAACAUGUCUCCGGGAACUCCACCCAUAUUCAACCACCGGAAUUCCAGCCGGAGAAAGGGCAUUCCUCGCCGGGCACCUUUUUAAUGGUCUGUGAAAGAAAAAGUCAAAAGCAAGGGCCAAGGUGGUUUACUGGUUUAAUAUUUAACUUCCAUAUCUUAUCCAUGGUUAUGGGUUCAAGGUCGUUCUUAUACAAAGGUGAAUAUACGUGUGGACAUAUAGUGUAGUUUGUGAAAAAGGUUAUAUAUAUAUAUAUAUAUGUAUACUGGCUAAAUAUAAAUUAGAAUAAGAUUUUGUGUUGGGUUUUAUGUUUUUAUUUUUUAUUUUUAGCAAAAGAAAAAGAAGUAACUUAGAUUGUAUAUGAAAUGUACAGUGGUAGACACUUAUAAUAAUAUGUAAAUGUAGAAUAAAUAUUGUGAAAAGGUUUCGAUAUGAUAUAAUAUAAUAUGAUAGAUAUGGUUGCGGGAACUCUUGGGAAGUAUGUAUGUAUGUAUGUAUGUGGUAAAAGAUGAUGGGGGUGUGUGAAUGUACAAGUGUUUGAAGC